GCCGCCGAGCGCUGACUGGGUCCCAGCUGCAGAGCCGCGGAGACGCGAGCCUGACCCGCGUUGGCACUGAGGUGGCGGGGACUGGCGGCGGCUGGACAGCUGGACAUCCCGCGCCGCGCAGGUGACUGCCUUAUUUUCCAGUAUCUUCUGCUGCAAGUGAAAUCUGUGGCCAAAUGUUUCUGGACCAGAUGAAGCCUGAGGAGCCUUCCAGCUGUAUGAUAAUAGGCUAGGAAGCCUUCUGAGUGUAGAUUUGCUGAAGACUUGCCCUGCCUCUCUGCACAAUGUCAGGAAGCCACACACCUUCUGCCAGUGGCCCCUUCUCAGCCCUGACUCCAAGCAUGUGGCCCCAGGAGAUCUUGGCCAAGUCCACGCAGAAGGAAGAGUCAGUGGAGCAACCAGAGUUCUUCUAUGAUGAGUUCGGUUUCCGCGUGGACAAGGAAGACGGUGCCAACCCCGGUUCCGGCAGGCCGUCAGGUGUGUCUCUGAUGGAGGACCCUCCACAGAGACUGCGCUGGCAGGCCCACCUGGAGUUCACCCAUAACCAUGACGUGGGGGAUCUCACAUGGGACAAGAUUGCUGUCUCUCUGCCCCGCUCUGAGAAGCUUCGCUCCUUGGUGCUGGCGGGCAUCCCACACAGCAUGAGGCCACAGCUGUGGAUGCGGCUCUCUGGGGCCCUGCAGAAGAAGAGGAAUUCUGAGCUGUCCUACAGAGAGAUGGUGAAGAACAGCUCCAACGAUGAGACCAUUGCUGCCAAACAGAUCGAGAAGGACCUGCUCCGCACCAUGCCCAGCAACGUGUGCUUCGCCAGUGUGAGCAGCAUCGGGGUGCCCCGCCUGCGCAGGGUUCUCCGGGCGCUGGCCUGGCUCUACCCAGAGAUCGGCUACUGCCAGGGCACGGGCAUGGUGGCUGCCUGCCUUCUGCUGUUCCUGGAGGAGGAGGACGCUUUCUGGAUGAUGUGCGCCAUCAUCGAGGACUUGCUCCCCGCCUCCUACUUCAGCACCACCCUGCUGGGAGUCCAGACAGACCAGCGGGUCCUGCGCCACCUCAUCGUCCAGUACCUGCCUCGCUUGGACAAGUUGCUCCAGGAGCACGACAUCGAGCUGUCUCUGAUCACGCUGCACUGGUUCCUCACGGCCUUCGCCAGCGUGGUGCACAUCAAGCUGCUGCUGCGCCUCUGGGACCUGUUUUUCUACGAGGGCUCCCUGGUGCUGUUCCAGACCACGCUGGGCAUGCUGCGGCUCAAGGAGGAGGAGCUGAUCCAGUCCGAGAACUCGGCCUCCAUCUUCAACACGCUGUCAGACAUCCCUUCGCAGAUUGAGGACGCGGAGCUGCUGCUGGGGGAGGCCAUGCGGCUGGCUGGCUCCCUCACGGAUGUGGCCGUGGAGACGCAGCGCCGCAAGCACCUGGCCUACCUCAUUGCGGACCAGGGCCAACUCCUAGGGACCAGUGCCACCACCAACCUGUCACAGGUCGUGCGGCGCCGGACCCAGCGGAGGAAGUCUGGCAUCACCUCCCUGCUCUUUGGGGAGGACGACCUAGAGGCGCUCAAGGCCAAGAACAUCAAGCAGACGGAACUGGUAGCCGACCUCCGGGAAGCCAUCCUGCGUGUUGCCCGCCAUUUCCAGUGCACAGACCCCAAAAACUGUAGUGUGGAGCUGAGCCCAGACUACAGCAUGGAGAGCCACCAGCGGGACCACGAGAACUAUGUGGCAUGCUCACGCAGCCACCGGCGCCGAGCCAAGGCCCUGCUGGACUUCGAGCGACACGACGACGAUGAGCUGGGCUUCCGCAAGAACGACAUCAUCACGAUCAUAUCUCAGAAGGAUGAGCACUGCUGGGUCGGGGAGCUGAACGGCCUGAGAGGCUGGUUUCCAGCCAAGUUUGUGGAAGUCCUGGAUGAACGGAGCAAAGAGGUAAGAGGGCGCACAAGGUACGGCUGCCCCUGGGAGCUGCUGCCGCCGCCUCAACCCUGGCGCGUGCUGGCUGGUGGCAGUGGCUGUGAGGACGGGGAAGGGGGUGUCUGGCCGCAGGCGUGGGACCGGGGCCUCUCAGACCCUGUCCCCCGCCAUCAGUACUCCAUCGCGGGGGAUGAUGCUGUGACAGAGGGGGUCACGGACUUGGUUCGAGGGACCCUCUGCCCAGCUCUCAAGGCCCUGUUUGAACAUGGGCUGAAGAAGCCGUCCCUGCUGGGAGGUGCCUGCCACCCUUGGCUGUUCAUCGAGGAGGCAGCAGGCCGGGAGGUGGAGAGAGACUUUGACUCGGUGUAUUCACGCCUGGUGCUGUGUAAGACGUACAGGUUGGAUGAAGAUGGCAAAGUCUUGACCCCGGAGGAGCUGCUCUACCGGGCUGUGCAGUCUGUGAACGUGACCCAUGACGCUGCACACGCACAGAUGGAUGUCAAGCUCCGUUCCCUCAUCUGCGUGGGACUCAACGAGCAGGUCUUGCACCUGUGGCUGGAGGUGCUCUGCUCCAGCCUGCCUACCGUGGAGAAGUGGUACCAGCCCUGGUCUUUCCUGCGCAGCCCUGGCUGGGUCCAGAUCAAAUGUGAGCUCCGCGUUCUCUGCUGCUUCGCCUUCAGCCUCUCGCAGGACUGGGAACUUCCUGUGAAGAGAGAGGAGGAGAAGAAGCCACUGAAGGAGGGUGUUCAGGACAUGCUGGUGAAGCACCACCUCUUCAGCUGGGACAUAGACGGGUGAUGCUCCUCCUACGGUGGCCGUCAAGCCCACACCUCCCCCAGGCACCUGGCUCCCGAGCAGCCCCCUCCUCAAGCAAGCAGAGAACAGCACGGUCCUGGCCGGUCUUGGGCCUGCUCUGGGAUGGGGUCUGAGGUGGCCCAGGCCCAUUCUCAGCUGCGGGGUCAAGGGAAAGACGCACUGGAGCUCUGGCCAGGCACCACGACACAGCGGGACGCCACCUGGGGGCACCCAGGAGUGUCACGGGAGGACAGUGGGAGGCAGGAGCAGAAGGUGGGGCUCAGCCUAUCUUUCCUGGUACCCAGGGGAGGGCUCUGCACAGGCAUUUACAGAGACCCCAGGCCCUCAUUUCACAGUUUGUACCGACCAAAAACCUUGUGAGGAGGUGGAGAGCCAGGUCUGUUGUGUCAGUUUUUGCUCAGGAAGGGGAUGGGGGUGGCCAGAGGCUCCCUGGCCUCUUUGGUUUGUAAAUAAAGUGUGUCUUUGAGAAA